GGUGGGUGUUAUCGAGUAGAUAUAAAAGAGUCGUCAUUAAUGCAUGUACACAUCUCGUUAUUGUGACUCCGAGAUGAAGGGAAUAAUACUGCUGGUUUGUGCUGCGAUUAGUUAUGCGCGGGGUAGCGCCGUGGCAUGGCCUGGAGCGGUUCACUUAGGCGCAUCCGUUGUCAAAACCAUCAUCCCGCCGCAAGUAAAAGGAUUUGCCUAUUCAACCAGCCAAUAUAUUAAUUCUGCGCCUCCGUACCUUUCCUAUCAGCCACAAAUCAGUUACCAGUUACCCCAGUAUGGAGUCUAUCCCACAUUCCCAAGCGUGCCAGCCUAUCAACCAAUAUUGCCUCCGUCUUAUUACCCAGGCUCUAGUAUCUUGAUACCCUCGCCAUCUCCUAAUCCAGUACCUCCUCCUGCCGGAUUUCCUAGCGCGCCAUCCCCACCAUCUAUACCACAACAACCAGCACAAGGAUCACCAUUCCCACCUGCUCAAGACGCUGGAGAUGAAGAUACCGCAGUAAUUGACUCUGCAGAAUUCGGCCCCGGACGGCAACAAACCACGCAAUCAUCGCAGUCAUAUGACACAAGGAACAUGCCUGAAUACCCGCAAAUUCCUCAGUAUCAGAACAGUCCACAGGCUCCUCAAAUACCUCAAGCACCACAGGCCCCACAGGCCCCACAGGCGCCACAAGCUCCACAAGCCCCACAAGCCCCACAAGCCCCACAAGCCCCACAAAUUCCACAGAUUCCACAAAUUCCUCAAUAUCCCCAAUAUCCCCAAUAUCCCCAAUAUCCUGGGUCUUCUGGAGUCAGCCAAAUCCCGCAAUUCCCUCAAAUCAAUCAGCCGCAACCCCCACAGUUCCAACCUAACCUACCUUUCCCACAGAUUCCACAGAAUCCACAGUUCCAACCAAACCCUCCAUUCCAACAGAACCCACCUUUCCAACAAUCACCACAACAACAACAAAUAGCUGGACAACAAAGCGGUUUUCCAUCAGCGCCAAAUGGAAACCAAAACUUCAAUGACGAAGAUACGAUAUCUGUAGAAUCUGUCUAAUGCGUACAGACGAGUAAUCCAUAAGAGGCUUUGUGUUGUAAUUGCUAUUGUUUUGAGACAUUAAACUUAUUAAUGUUUCUAGGCGGUACAUAUAAUGCAAUUGACAUUUGCCGCGUAUUUGGCCUGAAUUUUAAGUAGUGUUUUAAAUAAAGAUUCUAGUGCAGAAGAUUAGGAUCUAUUACGUCUCGCUUAUAUGUUUAAGUAAUAUGUGAAUUUAAUUUGCAUUGCAGUUUUAUUCACUUAGGUUCGAACUUUUUAUACUUUUUAUGUAUUAAAGUCAAUAUGAUAAUGAAAGGCAA